AUGGAAGCCUUGAUGUUACCACCGGUGACAGGCCAUCGUCGAUUGCCGAAUUCUCUCACUCAAAACGACCAGGGGUGCCAAAACUGCCAUGAGCCUGGAGCCAACAUGGUCUGCGCAAACUGUAAAGUGGCAGACAUCGGAUCCCUCUCCACUCGAUACUGUUCGCGAGACUGCCAAAUGGAACAUUGGCAAGAUCACAAGAAGAUCUGCAACGAUCGCCGCCGCCUCACACGUGCCACUCGCGUCCUCAAUACAAUCUGGGAAACUUUUGCGGAACUCACGUAUGUGAACCGGUUCAUGUUUGUUGGCAAGGCUGGUAGAACUAUCCACAUGACUUGCUUAAGCCAGAACGAAGCUCUUGAUCAUGGAGGAUGGACCGGGGAGACAAUCUUUCGUGAUUUUUCCCAGGACGUAAUGGGAGGGAACCAGGAUGAGGAUGUCAAGCAAGCCCUUCUCCAUGACAAUGGCUGCAACGAUGCUAUAAGCACAGGUUUGGGCUUGAUCAAGUCCCUUCUGACACCGGUUUGCUCCAAGAUAACCGAAGUCCGCAUCAAGGCCAAAGGCCGUGCCCUUGUCGUCGAAAUCGGAGGCAAUCCCACCACGGACGUCCACACCAUCCUCCGUGCCAAACUCGAGAGCGGCGAAGAAUUCUCCAUCGAUGUUACUGGCGCCCAGUUUGGAUGGCAAGAGAAGAUUUAUACAUGGCGAAGCUUCACUCAGCAUCGAGCAGAAUCCAUCGAAGACCGUUUAGCUCUCGGUGGCACCAACUUGCACGAAGCGCUGAUGGUGGAGAGUUUCCCCGCAGACCAGAUACACAGAGCUGCAUACGAUCUCCGUCAGGAAAUUGCUCGAGACGUAGUCAAGUCGAUUACAGCCUUCUUCUCUGAAAAGCAGACCAGUGUCUGGAAUUUCAUGUCCCAAGCCAACUCCACUUUCCCCAGCCAAAGUGCUGAGUUGGUUUCCAAGGCUACCAUGGCUAUCCAUGGUAGCAUCCAUAAGCUCACUGUUGAGCGCGGUAUUGGGCGGUGGUAUGUUGAGGUCCAGCCCUCUAAAUUCGCCUUGAAAGUUCUCCGUGGUGAAGAGCUCGCCCGCCGGAUGAAGAGAGUGUGGCUGAGCCAGAAGCAAGUUGAUGGGGUGCGACUCAAAUUUGCGCACUUGCCAAAGCGACAAAUGGAGAAGGCUUGCUUGGAGAAACUGUCCGACAUUGUGAUGAAGCGCUGGGUAAAGUCCAUGUAUUGCCGACGCGGUUGA